UACCAAUACAACAACAAAUACCAAUCAAAACGGUGGACCUCAUCGUCAUCAGCAACAACCAAGAGUCUCAACACCAAUACCUACAAUACCCAAGCCGUACACAUUACUGGCCCGACUAUCUGUUCCGUACACAAUGUUGACCAUCAGUGGUGUACUAUUAACACUCAUAUUGAUUAUCAACUCAUCCGCACAUUCACUACAUAAACAGUCGUCGGAUGUUUGUCUCACUCACGACUGUAUUAAAGAAGCGGCCAGAAUUUUGCGGACCAUCGAUGAGACUGUCUCUCCGUGCGAUGACUUUUAUCAGUUUUCUUGCGGCAAAUGGAUUGAGAGCACAGUCAUACCGGAGCACAAGUCAUCUCAAUCAACAUUUGAUGAAUUACAGGAUGAACUCAAUAAAAAACUUAGAGUAUUAAUUGAAGAAAACCACAACAAUAAUAAUGUCAUCAAUAAUGACAAUAAGAUGCCGAUUGUUACUAAAAUUAAAGAUUUAUACUACAGUUGUAUGAAUACAUCAAUAAUAGAGAAGAUUGGAGACAAACCUCUGGUAGAUCUGCUAUUAAAAUUUGGUGGUUGGCCUGUCAUCGAACCGACCAAAUGGGACGAAAAUAAUUUUAAUUGGUUUGACUCUUAUAUUAAACUCAGACAAUAUGGACUUUACGACAAUGUAUUGAUGGCUAUCUUUGUGGACAUCGACGACAAAAACACAUCAAAGAGAGCUCUUUAUUUGGAUCAGCUAUCUGUGGGUCUCUAUGAUAGAGAUCUAUUGUUAAAAGGAUUAAAUGAUUCAUCUGUUUUGGCUUAUUAUGAAUUAAUGGUUAAAAGUGCUGUACUGUUAGGCGCCGAUAAAACGGUCGCCAAAAAACAGAUGAAAGAAGUGCUGGAUUUUGAAACUCAAUUAGCAAAUUAUUCGUUGCCCAAAGAAGAGCGAAGAAAUAUGAGUCUAUUAUACAAUAAGAUGACUAUCGAUGAGUUGACAAUAAUUGCACCAAAUACAGAUUGGAUAUCACUAAUCAAUAAUUAUACGACAUCUCCGGUUCAAAGUGAUGAACAAAUUAUUGUUAGCGAUAAAAAUUAUAUCCAAUCACUUGAUUUACUUUUACCUCAGACAAAGAAAAGGAUUUUAGCCAAUUAUAUGAUGUGGCGAAUAGUAUUUUCAGAGAUCGGCUCAAUGGGUAUCAAAUGGCGAAACUUAAAGACUGAAUACGACGCCCGAGUGCUCGGCAAACAGCGACAGGAGCCGCGUUGGGAACAGUGUGUCAAUAUUGUAGAGUCGACUCUCGGGAUCGGUCUGUCCAAUCUUUAUGUCGACACUUAUUUUAACAAUGAAAACAAACAAAUGACACUCGAUAUCGUGAAGAAUAUUAAAAUAGAAUUCGAGCGCAUUCUUCAUGAGAUCGAUUGGAUGGAGAAGACGACAAUGAAUCACGCGAUGGAUAAACUCAAGCAAAUGGAGCUUAAGAUAGGAUAUCCCGAUCAGCUCAGGGAUAUCAACAAUAUUAUUCAUCAUUAUAAAGAUUUAAAUUUCAGUCGACACAAUUAUUUUCAAAAUCGUAUCAAUGCAUAUAAAUGGUUAAACGACUUUCAAUUUAGUCAAUUAAAAGAAAUUAACGAUAAAAACGAUUGGCGAAAAUACGCUGAAGUGACAGAAGUGAAUGCCUUUUAUUAUCCUCAGGAGAACGCAAUGGUCAUUCCCGCCGGUAUUCUUCAGGGAAUCUUCUACAACAAGAAUCGGCCAAAUUAUCUAAACUACGGAACUAUUGGCGAAGUCGCCGGACAUGAAAUAACUCAUGGAUUUGAUGACACUGGUAGACAAUUUGACUCUAUAGGUCAAGUAAACAAUUGGUGGGACUCAUCGACUGACCAGAAAUUUAAAACAAAGUGUCAGUGCAUUAUAGACCAAUACGCCAAUUAUACCGUUGAGAGUAUAGGUAUGCAAUUGAAUGGCAUCAACACACAGGGCGAAAAUGUAGCCGACAAUGGAGGCAUCAAACAGGCGUUCCGCGCCUACAAGAAAUACGUCGAGAGGAACGGUAGCGAACCGUUGCUGCCGGGACUCAAGUAUACGCCGGAACAGCUGUUUUGGAUCAGUUACGGCAUACAGUCGUGCAGUAAGGAAAGUCUGGAGCACCUGAAACUCAUGAUUGAAAUAGACUCUCACAGUCCCAGUAAAUACAGGAUAAUUGGUGUGCUCUCCAAUUUAGUAGACUUUGCCAAAUCAUUCAACUGUCCCAUUGGUUCCGCUAUGAAUCCCAUCAAUAAAUGCACCGUUUGGUGAAACACCUAAAUAU